AUGUCACUACGUACCCUCGCCGUAGUCGCUCUCCUGCGAGCCUCAUGGGUCUCUGCUGCAACGGCUCAAUCCUUCCGUCCACCCUCAGCUAGUCCCUAUGAACAGUCGACCAACUACAUCGGCUUUUCCAACGGAUCGCUUCCUAUCGCACCAGUCAAGCCAGGCUUGGUCUUCGACAGGUUCAUACAGGUGUGGUUCGAGAACACGGAUUUCGCCACCGCUAACUCGACUGCAGAGUUCCGCGCUUUGGCCGACCAAGGCAUCCUCAUGACGAGCUACUACUCAACGACGCACCCCAGUCAGCCGAACUACAUGGCUACCAUCGGAGGAAGCUUCUGGGGACUCGCAGACGACAGUUCGCACGAUAUACCGUCAAGUAUUGGGACCAUGGUCGAUCUGCUUGAACUCGGAAAUGUAUCGUGGGCGGCGUACAUGGAGCAUAUGCCCACCGACGGGUUCACUGGCACAUCGUUCUCAUCGACCAACUACAUCACACCCGGCGCGUCCGACUACGCCUACUACAUGCGCAAACACAACCCUCCGAUCUUGUACGACACCGUCAAGAACGUGCCCGAGCGCGCCGCCAGGGUUCGGAACUUCAAUGAUUUCGCGGUGGAUGUCAAUGCGUCGGCUCUUCCGCAAUGGAUGUUUGUCACGCCGAACAUGGUCAACGAUGCUCACGACACCACGAUCGACUUCGCAGCCUCUUUCCUCACCUACUUCCUAAACCCUCUACUCUCGGACCCACGCUUCAACGAUAAUCGCACCUUGAUCCUCGUCACGUUUGAUGAGAACGAAAACUACGACAUCAAUAACAACGUCUUCGCCGUGCUGCUCGGAGGUGCAGUUCCGGAGAAUAAGAAGGGCAGCGUGGAUACGACGUACUAUACGCACUAUAGCGCCAUGAGCACUGUCCAGGCAAACUGGGGCCUUGGAUCAUUAGGCCGAGGAGACACUGAUCCAAUCAUGAGCAAUGUCUACUCACUCGUCGCUGACGCAUCUGGAUAUGUGAACAACAACAUAUCGGGAGCCGCCAUUCCCGCUACGAAUGUAUAUGGCACGAUCCCCGGCCCGCUCAACUCGGAUUAUCCAACGGAUUGGCCGGCGCCUAAUACGUCGGCCGUGGGAGCCGGAGGAGGGCCGGUGUUCGUUGGAUCGAGUGUAUGA